AUGUCGGUUCUUGGGAGGCGUGGAGCUUUCAACCCUCAAAGACUGGUCAUUUCAGUUCCCAAACCCACCACAUCGUUGCGCCCUUUCUCCGUUCUCAACCGUCCACCUCCAAACUAUCCCGGACAUGUCCCAUUGACAACCAUUGAGCGAGGUGCGCUAGCUGUAGGCUCAGCAAUUGGGUCUCUGAUAAAUCCCCGCAGAGCAGACCUAAUUGCAGCUCUCGGCGAGGCAACUGCAACCCCUUAUUUCAUCUACCGUCUCAGAAAUGCCAUGCUUUCUGAUCCAACAGGCCGCCGUAUCCUCCGUGACCGUCCCCGCAUCACCUCCAACACUCUCCAACUUUCCAAACUGAGCACCCUCCCCGAGAACUCCGUCGGCCGAACAUAUGCUAAAUGGCUUGACCGCGAAGGGGUAUCACCAGACACCCGGGACCAAGUACACUACAUAGAUGAUGAAGAAUGCGCCUACGUCAUGCAGCGGUACAGGGAAUGUCACGAUUUUUACCACGCAGUGACGGGACUACCCAUCUUCGUGGAGGGCGAGCUGGCAUUGAAGGCGUUGGAGUUCUUGAACACGCUCCUCCCAAUGACAGGCUUAAGUCUGUUCGCGUUUGUCAAAAUGAAGCCCGCUGAGAAAGAGCGGUUCCUGUCGCUGCAUUUGCCGUGGGCGGUGCGGAGUGGACUUGCAAGCAAGGAGUUGAUUAAUGUAUACUGGGAGGAGGUGUUAGAGAAGGACGUUGAUGAGCUGAGGGCGGAGCUAAAUAUCGAGCGCCCGCCUGAUCUAAGGGACAUUCGAAAGAUGGUUCGAGAGCAACAAAAACGAGAGAAGGAGAAAGCACAGGUUAUGUCGGAGUGA